GGAAAGAGAAAAGGAGGUCUUUGUUUGUAGUUCAGACGAGAGACAGAAGCAGCAGAGCGGACACAGUGUGCUACAAAGAGAUUCGAGAAGAAAAAUAUACAAAUCAGGAGGAGUCGAGAUGAUGAUGGAUAAUGGCAGCGAUGACCAAUGGUGUGAUGAUGACUAUACCGAUGAAGCAUCUGAGUUUGACAGGUUGGGGAAGAUCCGGAAAAACCAAUUUCAUACAGUUGGCUAUCAUGAAGGUCUUUCAAAGGGGCAAGAAGCUGCUGUACAAGAGGGUUUUACGAACGGAUUCAAGGAAUCUGUAUCCGUUGGAUAUAUCUGGGGUUUAGUUCGUGGCGUUUCUAGUGCAUUGGCAUGCCUUCCAGAUGGUUUGAAAGAAAAAUUAGUUGAAAGCCUAGAAGCAAGAGAGAAGUUUCAGAUGUUGUACACAUCUGUCAGUUCAGUUUCUGAAAAAGAUGCUCUUGGUUUGUAUCGUGAUGAAUUCUUGUGUAAUCAAUCAAAAGAACAUCCUAAACCUGCAGAAGAGAACUCCACUUCAGAAACCUUGUCAAAUCAUAUCUCAAGAUGCAAUCGCCUCUGUGGUUACUCGGAAGAGCUCAAGGUUCUUCUUCAAUCUUCUGCAAUCGAAGUGCAUUCAGCAGUGGAAUGAGACACGGUGAGCAAACUGGCCACUGAAAUAAAGCAGUUUCAUUGCUUAUUUUGGGGUACUAGGAUCGCUCACUGCAGCUAGGUCCUAAUUUUACAGUUGUUCGUUAGUGGCACGGUUGAUUCUUCCUGCUGUUAUGUAUAAUUCGUACUGCUUGGUUGUUUGAAUUGUCAAUCAAACUUCGCUCGAAUUUUUGGUUUAUUGAAAAAUUUGGGCAUCUAAAUUAUGUUC